AUGGAUGCUAUUAUUCAAAGUAUUAUUCAUGCUAAUGAUCACAAAGGUGUUAAGGAUGUUGAACCCGACCUAACAAAAACACUUGAUGAGGUUGAAGAUGCAAUGGAUGCUAUUCUUAAAGGUACUAAUGAAAAAAGUCAAUCUAAGAAUGAGGGUAAUCCUGAACCUGAAUUCACUGAAGGAGGUGCAAGUGAUGUUCUCCCGCAGAUGGUGAUGCUAGAUCUAGAAAGUGUAGCAGACCUACUUGGGGCAGGAUAUAGCAUGCCUGAAAUAAAGAGCUUUAGAGGUUUUCAAGUUGAAUUGGAUGAUAGGCCACUAGUUGAGAUGGAUGUGACUGAAGUUGAGGAUAUUCCAUAUGUUGACAAUGUGAUGGAAGGAAAUCAAGGUGAUGGUCUUAUAAAUGAUGGUGUGGAGGAAAAUGAGGGUGAUGGUGAGGCUGAUGAUGCUGAUGAAGUGGCAGGUGAGGGUGAUGGUGAAGGAGAUGGAGAUGGUGAAGGUGUUGGUCAAGAUGAUGGAGAGGGUAAUGGUGUAUUGAGGAUGAAUGUGAUGGUGCUGGUGAGGAUGAUGCAACUUAUAUGGAGGGAAAUGGUGCUGAUGAUGAAGGGCAUGUACCACGUAGAAGGACAAGAAAUCCCUCAUAAAGGAUCAUCCUGCAAAAGCUGA